UAGCAAGAGAGAGCAACUUUUUACAACAGCAGCGUAAAUAAAAAUGAGAGUGUUGCCAGUAGUUCUAACUUUGACUCUUGUUACAACGCUUAGUGCAGUAAGUAUACAUAAGUAAUUUGUUUGUGAACUAAUUGUAGUCUACUACUUAAUUGUAAAUAAAUGAAAUACAUUUUUAUCCAUAGAGCUACUAAUUUUUAGUCUAGGUAGGCAAGUCUUCUGUAUGUUUGAUGUGUGACUUAAUAUAGACGCACUCAUGACAAAAUGAGAGAGAAUAUUAAAUUUACACAAAUUUUACGCGCCAUUAAUUGGGUGUUUUAAUGUUUGGGAUAAACACGCAGUAAAUCGAGUUACAUUUUCGUGACUCUAUUAAUUUUGACACGGCUGAAACAGAUUCUAUAUCCUGCAUUCCUGCUAUCGUUGUUCACUCCCUUCAAUAAUAUUCCGUACGUUGUCUGCAGAAUUAUUUAAUCGACGACCCUGACUGGACCUCUAGAGAAAACAAUGUGGAACUGAUACUGUUAUUCAGUAUCACUAAAUGUAUGGCAGAGCUGUCUAAAUCUCAAUUUAAACACAUCAGGUAAAUCCAUACGAUCCUGGCAUUUGCACAAAAAAGAAGAGAGGAAAAUUUAUGGUUGUCAAAGAUUAUGGUGAUGACGAUAAAAUCGUGGUUUGUGUUGAACAUCACGGAAAAUAUAAAUGGGAUAUGAUCAAUGGUAUUUAUGUACAAGUAACUUAUUAAAUUAAAUAUUUAAAUAACAUUGCUUAAAAGGUGACUGUGUGGCUUUCUCUACCUGUCUUGGCUUGCCACCCUGGGGAGGGGGGAGUACACCCCACAACUUGAAUAUUUUGCCACGAGUAUAAAUUUCUUACUCUUACUAUUAUGAUAAUAAAAAAUAAUUCGAACUUUUGUAACAAAUUAGACUAAUUGUUGCCCUUGAUCAUGUUAUUGCUCAGGUUAUUCGUAUGGCAACUAUUUUGAUCCAGCAAAAGAUUGUUCAGAUGUUGUUGAUAAUGUUCCAAAAGCUAAGAGUGGAGUUUACUGGAUUCAAACAGUAAAGGGCCCGGUCAAA